AUGCACCUUCAUCACCCCCAUCCCCUCCCCCUCAUCCCCCACCAGCAGUCUUCACACUCCCAUUAUAACCACAAACACUGCAAUCAGAACACCACCUCCCACAUUUACACUCUGCCCCACCUGCAGAAGAGCCACCCAGUUUACGCUCAGCCGCACAGACGCCAAGAGACCAGCCCCUCCCACACCCGCUCACACACCCCUCUGUCCUGGGACAGCCCCCCCCCUGUGCCUCCUCGCUGGGUCAUGCCCUCCACACCACCUCAGCAGAGGACGAGCUUCUAUCAGAGAGCAUUUGCACGCUGCACCAUCAUGGAGAUAUCAGUGUAA